UCUCUCUCUCGAUUCGACUUCUCCACCCCUCUCUCCGUUGUAGAAUAAUGGGGCGGAAAACUGGUGCGCUUCAUAUCAACCCUAAGAGAUUUGGUUCUCUUCAUAAACCUUGCAUGAAGGAAAUGAUACUGUUUCUCAACUGUAUGGCUGCAGGCCCUAACAAUAGUGAUGCAUGUGCUCGGCAGAAGGAAGUAUUAAAUGCCUGUAUGGAUUCUCAGAGUAAAAAGAACAGAAAGUCUUGGGGGAGUAUCAAUUAUCAACUGCAGAGGCUUAGCCGAGGACGAAAGUAGCUUGAGGUUUUCAUAUAUGUAUCACUUUUACAAUUUGAGAUUGUUUUUUAGAAAGCUUAGCCUGUUAUGCACUACUUUGUCUGUCAAGCUAAAAUGACCCAUCUAGUAACUUGUAUUCUCUCUUGAAGUAUCGAUGAAUUUUCUAGUUUUUCUUUAUUUAAAU